AAGAACAUAGAUUGGAUUUUGUUUGAAAAGUGUGAAGAUCUGAGAAAAAAAAACACGCAAAAGUUUAUAACUGUUUAUAAAUAAUAAAAAUGAAGUCGACCGUCGUGAUUCUCCUCACGUACCUUCUCCUUGCCGUGCCUUGCUUCGCUAUAGGAUCAGAGAACACGGAUUCAGAGGUGUACGAGAUCGAUUACAGAGGACCAGAGACUCAUAACUCUAGACCUCCGCCGGAAACUUUACACGGCAAGCCACCGUACAUCCACCAUAAAACCUCCGCUGCUGGAUCCGCCGGCGCUCAUGUUGGAGGACAGAAUUAGAGAGGGAAUUUUUUUCCAAGGAGGGGAUAUAUAGAAACUCAGAAGCUUCAAGUUGAAGAGGAAGCAUAUGAGAAUGUUAUAUGAUUAAUGAUGUGGGCACAGAAUUAUUUAUACACUAAUACAUAUAUAUAUAUAUAUAUGUCGAUGUGAGAUUGGUACAGUUUGUCACUACUCUUCUCAUGUCAUGUCCGGUGGUAUUUCUUUUCCUCUUUUUCUUCAUGCACCGUUCAAUAUUCUUAUUUUUUUCGGUCUGAAUCUCUUGGAAGAAUUUUUCAAAUUAAUUCCUUGUAAUGUGUCAUCAAAUGAAUAUCAGUGUCAUUUUCAGAUA